UAGCUUUACACAGAUGUAGAAUGAAGGACGGUAAACAUAAGCGUUAGUAAAGCGUUGUUAAAAAACUAUUAAGAACUUUUCAUACAGGCUUUAAAUAAUGGAUAAAUUCGUUGUUCGGUUGCCAAAGGAUGACGUGAUGAAACAGGAACCAAAACAUGAGAGGAACUACAAACAAGCAACGUUAGAGUCGCUUCGGAGAGUCGUCGUAAUUGAGGACAUUGAAAGGUACAAGUCAAUCCUGGAACUGCCUGGUCAACCUAAAGAGAACAUGAUAGAAGCCUUGAAGGAGCUGGACAAGAAAGUGCCCUCCAGAGAAGUGCUGAAGUCUACUAGAAUUGGACACACCGUGAACAACCUACGCAAGCAAUCAGAUGAUCCUGAAAUCAAGUCUCUUGCAAGGGAGGUUUAUAAACACUGGAGGACCUUCAUCGAGGAGCAUGCAAACAAACCUUCUAUAGAAGUACGCUGCGAUAAACAGACAGAAAGUUUAAGAAGCAACGCAAAGAAACUGCUCUCCGAAGGCAUUGAACUGAAGGUGGAUCAUGGACUGGUGGAGAACAUCGAGAGGGAGGUUUUCCACCAAAGCUCUCGGCUUGUUAGUGGUGCAUACAGAAGAACUGUGAGGGCUCUUGUCUUUGCUCUCAAACACAAGCCAGAGUUGAGAGUUCAGGUUAAAGAUGGCAAAUUGCCUGUUAAUGUAUUUGUGAAGAGUUAUAAAAAGAAACCAUGAAAAAGUCAGACACUCAGUACACUUUUAAAAAAAAUUUUAUCAUUUAAAAAAUAUAUUUAUUAUAAUUUUUUUUUUUACUUGCAGAAGUAUGCAUUAGGCUGCUCAUUGACUUUUUUUUACUCAAGUUUAGUUUUUUUUUUACAUUCUUUUACAUUUUAUGGAAAUAAAACCUUCCUAUUAAACGCUACAUAAAAGCAUUUACAAAAAGAGAACUACUGUAUCAAGUCCUUCUACACUCACCGGCCACUUUAUUAGGUGCACCUUACUAGAACCGGGUUGAACCCCGUUUUGCCUUCAGAACUGCCUUAAUCCUUCGUGGCAUAGAUUCAACUAGAAAUAUAGGUACUAGGUACUAGAAAUAUUCCUCAAGAGAUUUUGGUCCAUACUGACAUGAUGGCUCUAUUGGAUUGAGUUCUGGUGACUGUGGAGGCCAUUUAAGUACUGUGAACUCAUUGUCAUGUAUUUAAGUUACUGUUGCCUUUCUAUCAGCUGGAACCAGUCUGGCUGUUCUCUUCUGACCUCUGGCAUCAACAAGGCAUUUGUGCCCACAGAACUGCCGCACACUGGAUUAUUCUCUGUAAACCCUAGAGAUGGUUGUGUGCGAAAAUCCCAAUAGAUCAGCAGUUUCUGAAACACUCAGACCAGCCCCUCUGGCUCUGGCACCAACAACCAUGCCACAUUCAAAGUCACUUAAAUCCUCUUUCUUUCCCAUUCUGAUGCUCAGUUUGAACUGCAGCAGAUCGUCUUGACCAUGUCUACAUUCCUAAAUGCAUUGAGUUGCUGCCAUGUGAUUGCCCGAUUAGAAAUUUGCGUUAAUGAGAAUGAAAAAAGUUAAUAAAGUGGCCGGUGAGUGUAUAAUCAGUCACAGAAAAAGUACAUUGUCCAUUCAUUUAUACAGACAUUUACAUUAACCCUAAACCCAAUCCUAGACAGAAAAUGACAAACUCAGUUUAAAAAAAAUUCAAGUUAGAGGAUAUUAAUAUUAAUACUGUACACUGUGCCUGGUUUUCACUGAUAUUUUAGAUUGUGCCUAUAAGAGCACCAGCCACACAAUAGCAAUUAGCAUGAGGAUGACGGCCAGAACACAGAUGCUGAUGAAGAUGAUGUCGCUCGUCUCGUGUGGUUCGCUUUUUUUACUGAUGCUUUUGUUGUUCGAUUGCUCGGCCAGACGGGCAAGUUCAUUGAGCCGGUUUCGCUCUUCAGCCGAGAUGAUGUUGAUCAUGGCCACCUUCCUCUGGGCGUCACACUGCACCUCGUACUCCUGAAUGUUCUGAUGUGGACCAUCAGAAACGUCAAUGUACAGCGAGUUCACCAGCAUGGUGAUGUUUUGACGUUUCUGCAACACAGGAUAUGAGAUGACAAAUUCAGUUUUAGUAUUUAGUCUUAAAGCUGCUGUUUUGACAUUUGCUUACUACCACUGGAUUAAACAACUUCUUAAACUAAAGGGAUAGUUUACCCAAAAAUGUAAUUGACCCCAUUAUUUACUAACCCUCAAGUGAUUCUCUGUGUACAGUAUAUGACUUUUUCUUUCAGAGGAACAGAGUUCCUUUCAUAUGUGGUAUUAACAUGUGGUUUUGCAGUCCGACUUGACUGUAAAUGGGUUUUAUAUGAAUUCAUGUGACUUACUUAUUUUCUGAUCAACAUGCGUCAUUAUAAACAUCCUCUACUUCCCAGUGGUAAAGCAAAAUAGCACACCGCACCAGGCAAAUACUUACAAUACCCCAAAAUGUAAGGUCGUUAAUUUUUAAUAUUUUGUUGAAUGACUACUGGCGCUCAUUAACCAAACAUUGACCAUUAACCUGUAACCCUCCCCCCACCAAAAAGGAUUGUUCAUUAAAAAUACCACCAUAAUGAAAUUUCAGAAAAAGAAUAGUAUACAUGGGCCUAUAUGAAAUAGCUAUAUUUCACUUAAUUAAUACAUUAACAAAACCAAAUGCAACAGGUUAAUGCUUUUAAGGAUGAAAUCCUUCAGUAUGCCAAUUUUAAUUUCACUUUUUAAUUUUGACUGGAUACAGCCUGUGUUGUUUAUAACCAUUUAAAGGGAAUUAACAGCAGGCUAGGUUAUCAGACUCUGCAAACGAUAUAAAUGUCAUCAACAGAUGAACCAGGCGUGAGCUCUGCCUUCACAGUUCAGUCUGCGGCUGCUCAUUAACCCUUGAUGAGUUCAUUACAUCUGUGGUCAGAGAUGCCCACAGCUUUGUCAGAAAUGACAAAUUAUCAGUGUUUUCCAUCACAAAACAUGUAUUUUAGGUUUCGAACACUGAAAAGCACAUUAAUACUAGCAAAACAACCAUUUCCAGUUAAUAGAAAACGCAACCGUUGUCUGUGAAAUAAUCAUAUUAAACAAUCCAACAAUGUGCUUUAUUUACUUUAUACAGUAAACAGAUUGUGUUCAUAAUUAGGCUUUUUUUUUUUUGUACUUUUGCGCAUCCAAGUCAGUUUAGGACCAUGAUCUGUUCACAUUGGAAAUCUAAAAUUGGCCACAUUUAUAACAACAGCUAUGCAAAAAAUCAUGUUAGAAAAAAAUCAAAUUUGAGCAAUAAGCCUCACAGUGUGAUCAAAGCCUAAAAAUGUUGGUAGUGGCCACAGCUAGAGUUUUAAAGCCAACAAUAAACUUCCGGUGAAAGCUUAAUGUGACUAUUUUAAAUUUCACAAGGUUGUUUUUACAGCAUCCAUGUUGUAAUGUAAUUACAAUACAUUCAGUUAAAUAGACUUAAGCAUUCUGACAAGCCACAAACAGGCUAGCGCAGAAAUUCCAUUAAAAAUACUGAGGUAAAAUAAACUCAUAUUAAAGACAUGGCGGGGGGAAAUGCAAUUUAAUGAAGUGCUUAUUGUUUGACCUGAUACCCACUUUGUAUUGUAUAUUUAACAGGCAGUGAAGAUCGCUGAUUUUUUAAGAAAUAAGGGCUUAAACGUGACAAUUUUGUAAUGGGAAAACAGUAACCAGAGCCCUUGGGCUGCCUAGCUGAAAAUUAAAAGUUUGUGUGCAUAUAGCCCAUUUUGCUGUAAAACUAACCCAUAUGCCUCUGGUGGAUUACAAUGACAAACAUGAAAGCUAGUUGGCUUUGCAUUACUGUGUAAUGUUGCAUUCAAUUCAGUUAAUCUUUAUUUCUAUAGUGCUUUUACAAUGCAAAUUGUCAAAGCAGCUUAACACAGAAGUUCUAGUAAACUGAAACUGCUUCAGUCAUGUUUUAACAGUGUUCAGUUCAGUGUACUCUAAAUGUCACUGCUAAAAGCUCAAGACAGAAAAGCAAAUCCAAUGAUUAUACAGUAUAUUCCACUUCAGACACCGGGAUUUUUUGCUCAAUGUUAUAUUCUCGUAAUUCUGUUGAGUAUUUUCUCAACAUUCAUACAAAAAAGGCAUUAUUUUUUUACUACUGAUGAGCAGAGUGAACAUGAAAUAACACUCUCUGAUGUUGGAUGGCAGUUAAUGAACUUACAAGCUGUGAACAGAGAUGAAGUAAAAUGAAACAUCUGCAAUUUAACCUCCUCUUGUUGACAAUUUUGUUUUCAUAGUUAAGAAAAUGUGCUCAUCUAGCCUGUUUUGUGCUUCAGCGGGUCAUGUUUUCUGUAAUUUCAGCAGCUCGAGACUUGUGAACAAAAGUUGCAAUCUCAUUAGUCGACAAGUUCAUAUGAAACUUUUUUACCGUUUUACACCUAUUAUUUUUUGAAGUUGGUGCUGGAAUUUGGAUAAAGUGGUAACAUUAUAUGCUUCAGGACUUCUGCUGUGAAUAUUUAUUUCAUCAUGCGUCAAACGUCAAGUCAGAGUUUAAUCAAGAAGCUGACAAGAACACACUAUUUGGCUGCUGCCAGAACUCAGUAAUUUUAAACAGUUGAAACAUUCAUGUAUA